AUGGCGCGUCACGUGGCUUUUAACCGUGGUGCUGUUGACUUCAAACCCCUGAGUGUUAUUGUUGGAUAUUUACAAGGAUUUCUCAACCAAGGCACGGCGGGUAGAGUGAAAAUGAGCAGUGAUUUACCUAAAGGCAUGGAUAGAUUAAAAGAGGAGCACAGAAAGGUGGUGAAAGACUGUCAAAGUCAAAUAACACACUGGAAAAAACUGGAGAAUGAUUAUGAAAGUCUGCAGGAUCGCCUCAGCACUUUGCCUGAUAAGCUGUCCUAUGAUAUUAUGGUACCGUUCGGUUCUUUGGCCUUCAUGCCUGGGAAGCUGGUUCACACCAAUGAGCUCACGGUUCUCCUCGGAGAUAACUGGUUUGCAAAGUGUUCAGCUAAGCAAGCCCAGACGCUUGUAGAACGCAGAAAGAAACAUGUCAAGAAUAAACUUGAUGAUUUGCACAAAGUGGUGAAGAGCUUUCAAGACAGAGCUGGCUUCACAGAAGAUCUUAAAAAGAUGGCAAGUGGUAGAGGAGAUUUUGUUGACAUCAAAGAAGAAGUGGGAAAAGAGGAAGCAAUUACCAAAGGUAAACAUCGCGUGGCCCACAAGCCCAAAUCCAGGCCUAAGGAGGAAUAUGUGGUGCAUUUUGAGGAAGAGGGGGAGGAGGAAGAGAGUCUAGAUGGAGGAAAUGGUAAAGGAGUGCUGACAGAAGAGGAGCUGUGGGCACGGCUGGAUGAGCUGGAGCGUCUGGAGGAGGAGCAGGAUGAACGAGACAGACUGGACAGCACGGAUACCAACGGUGAUGACACGACUUCCUCUUCAUCCGAAGAAGAGAAGGAGGCAGAUGCUGGCAGCAUGGUCCAGGUUAAUGGGCAUGACCAACACGAGGACCGUGUUUCUGCCUCUCAUUCGAUCCAGGUCAAUGGCAUCAAACCAGAGCUCGAUGAAGAGGAGCAAGAAGGUGAAGAAGAAGGCAAUGGUCUACCAACAAUCUACUUUAGUCAUACGGUAGAGCCCAAAAAAGUGCGAAUAAACACAGGAAAGAACACUACCCUAAAGUUCAGUGAGAGGAAAGAGCAGAAAGAGCAGGCCAAACGUAAAAAGAAAAAUGGCAAAUGCAAUGGGCAUGCCGUUCCUGAGCAUCACAAGAUCAUGACGCCUGCUGAUAUCUACAGGGUAUUUGUGGAUGUAGUAAAUGGUGAGCCCGUGCCAAGGAAAUCCAUCCUGAAGUCACGCAGUCGGGAAAACAGUGUGUGCAGCGACACCAGUGAGAGCAGCACAGCAGAUUUUGAAGAGCGCCGUGCUUUUGUUAACCGCACACACAGCCACGAUGAAGCCACUCACAGUGACACCAGCGAUGGCAUUACUGAAGAGGACAGUCCAACAGGAAUCAGCCUUUACCCUAAUGGACGCUUUGAGGCUUUUUCAGGAACAGUGAUUGAGAAAGAUCCACUGCCCUCAACAAUCCCUCACCUGACCAUCACCCCUCCUGCAUUACCCACAAUCCUUGAAAGAAAGCAAGAAGAGCUGGGCUCGGAAAUGCCCCAGGAGCCGCCCAAGAGAGUGUCAAAGUUCAAAGCUGCCCGGCUGCAGCAGAAAUGAGACUCUAAAGGAUCUGAUGGGUUUUUUUUCCCCUUUUUUUUUUUUUAAACUCACUUUUGUACGACAAUAAUUGGUGGUCUUGCAUACUUCUCUCCUGCCUCACUCUCUCUGUCUGUUUUUUUUUUUUGCUGCCGUUCAGUGCUGUUUUUCUUAAGCCAGUCUGGUCACUUUUACUUUUCUGCUAUGCAUUUUCUAAACAUCUGUUUUAUUCUGUCCUAUCCAAAGAGUAGGAGAUACACAUCUGUAUAAAAAUGACCAACCUUGUCACUGAAUUGGCAAGGGACUUAAUUUUGAUCAAGACAAAGCUGCAUCUUUCACCUGUCCAUAUAUAACUACUGCCUUUGCUUUAUGUCUGUGAAUUCGAAGCAGCACUCUAGAAAUACGUGCUGCCGUCCCACACAGCAGGUUAUUGUCUGUCAUUUUACUAGCUGCUCUGGAGGCCUUUCUGUUAGGUGUUUAGAACCGUAUAAAGUAUCUCACCCUUACAAACGGUCUGCUUUAACUUCUAAAUCUUUCUAAACCAGCUUUAAGAUUAUUUUGCUGUUUCUUAAAUAUUUGGAGGUAAGUCAGCUUUUUAUGUCUGAGUACAAAUGUUAACCAGAAAAUAAAUAAUUUUGCCUGUA